AUGCCCUGUGUUUCUGCAGCAUACGGGGAGUCACGGCGCCCUCCAUAUUCCUCUGAUGACAGAUACAGACAUGCUACCGCUCAUCCAUUCAGCGUCCCUCAGGCUGCAUUAUUCCCCAACGAAUACUCUGUCUUGCCAGUCCCAGAGCUGUCGCAGCUUUCAGAAGAUGACCUGUGUGGCCGAGAAGGGAGACUGAUUGACAUGAUUCAUAACCCCGCAGGAGCUCCACCACCGUUUUCAAUCUCUACUCCUAUGAGUGACACUUUACAAGAGCCCACGCCUCAUUUUGCGCCUCCCGGUUAUCGGCUGCAGGUGCCAUUUUCAGACCGGGAUUCGAACAGCAACAUAAAAUCUCCACCCUGUUAUCACCACCGCACCGAAGUUCCCGUACAUUAUCCCACACUCACUCCUGAGCAGCAAGUUCCGGCGUUGCACAAUUCCGAUAUUCGCGAGAACAAGACCUCUGGAAUAUGUCGCCCCAAAGCCCACCGGGCGCAAGAGAAACGACCCACGUGUGAGCGUUGCAAAGAUCAAAAUCUGAGAUGUGACUACGCAGGAGACAGUGUUCGCAAUAUUUUGGAAAGGAAGGAUAAGGCGACCCAGCUUCUCUUGGACCGGAUAAUUGAUAUGGAAGACGGUCUGAAUGAAAAGCUUGAACGACUCUCGGCAAUUCAGAUAGAAACCUCGGCUCAACUUAGUCGGAUGUCAGAAUGUUCUCUGUUGAAGCCCAGGGUCGUGAAGUGCAAAGAAAUAGAGAAGAAAUCGCGUGCCCAAGUUCUAGAUGAUCGUUCAAUACCUGUUGAUCAUACCAUGGCAAACAACAAACUGCUCUCGUGGCCGUCUAUCAAGGGCCUUAUUGGUCCGAGAGAGUACGAUGAAGAUCACAUUAUGGAGCUGGAAGAGGAAAGGGGAAUUACCUUCAUCGUCCAAGCCCGUUCCCAAAAAAACGAUGCGUGCGCUAUCCGAACUGGCCACAAUCUGAAAGCAUUCGAUCUUGGUAUAGAUGAACACGGAUUAUUCAGCACAGACGCUAAGACCGUACGUCGCUAUUAUCAGAGUUACAUGAAUCACAUGCAUAAGCUUCAUCCAUUUCUCAGUCCAACCGAAAUGAGCGCUAAAAUCGAAUCGUUUAUUCGCAAGUACUGUCCAUUCGGGGCGUCCAUCCCGGGAAAGACGUUGAACAGCCAUGGUACCAACAACUUGCCACGCGGGGUGAAAAGGAAGAGUUCAUGGAAGGAGAUAUACGGUGCAGGACCUGUCAGAGACUACCUUCCUGGAGUAGAAUCCAGAGGAUUCAGCAGACGGCAUGUCGAGAAGUCGCUGGAGAAUGCCAUUAUCCUCUCUAUUCUUGCACUCGGCAGUAUCUGUGAAGUCCAGGUAGCUAUCCCUGGUCUAAAUACCGACACACCCGCGGAUCCCCAAAAGGAGAGAAUUUUUGAACCCUCCACACGCAGUACUCUAACAUUAGAAGAGACAGAGUUGGUCUUUCAGUUACGGAAAGACUUCUCUUCGCAGGCAUAUAACUAUUAUUCAUCGGCAGCUGUAAAGGACCAGAACAAUACUCCCGACAGGUCGAUGUCCCGGGACUGUCAUCAUUUAAAGAGCGCGGAUGUCAUGCCCGGUUUGGCAUACUAUAUAUACGCGGCACAGAUUCUGGGGAGUUUUCAAGGCGCGAACAGGCUGCAUUAUGUACAAGCAGCCUUACUAGCAGGGCUUUAUGUGGGACAGUUAGCACUUCCUUUCCAGAGUCAUGGAUGGAUCUAUCAGGCGGCCAGGGCAUGCCAGGUGCUUGUUCGAUCGAAACGGUAUGAACAGAUUAGCGAUGGUCCAUUGAAAGACAUGUACGACUUUGCGUACUGGACCUGCCUGCAGCUGGAAAGCGAUAUCCUUGCCGAUUUAAAUCUUCCGGCUAGCGGUAUAUCUCAUUCCGAAGGACGCAUUGGCUUGCCGAAGGGUCGGGCUCUAUGUUUGUCUCAGGACGGUUUUUCUUCGAACAGCAUGGGAAUGUUCAUCUAUUCCGCCCGAAUUUAUCUUACAAAGGUUCUGAACCGUCUUGAUAGUCACUUAUACACCUUUGAAGCCGGGAAACAGGAACAGUUGUCUGCCUACAAAAUAGGGAUCCUGAGCAUGAACCUCGAACAGUGGAGAAAAGAUUUACCAGAAUCCAUGACAUGGAAGGACACAGACCCUCCAUCUCCGGACAUCAAUGUGGCCCAGAUGAGAGCCAAAUAUUACAGCGCGCGAUAUUUAAUUCAUCGGCCCCUCCUUUACUAUGCCCUGCAUCAUUCCAGCCUUGGCCCGUGUGGUCGCUCAAUACCAGUCCCGUCCCUUACAGGAUAUACAACAUCUGGAGAGGGAUCGCUACCGUCUCCUUCGGUAGCGCACGGGCGAGGAGUUAAUGAUAUGUCCCAAUUACCAAGUGAUGUCAAUGCCCCGGAUGGAACUGUAACAAGUCCAGACCCCCAUCUAGCAGAAGGACCGUGGACACGUCUUCAAUAUUGUGACCUCAGUCCGGAGGUACGAAGAGCGUGCAAAUUGUGCAUAGAGUCUGCAAUCCUGAGCACUCAGGCUUUUGAUGCCAUUGAAGGCCGCCCGGUGGUGACCAACAUCUUCGGAUUAGCCCAUGCGUGA